UGCCGAUAUUAUGGGUGGCCGUGGCCGCCGCUUAACCGGGCCUGAUCCCUAUUCGUCAGCACUCCUGUGUAUGAAAGCACGAGGCCGGCUAGCCUGACUCACUCAAGAUCAAAGCCGCUGCGUGCGACUUGAGAACUGAUAUAGGCCGGACUAGGCUGAGACAGACGAGAGGCAGAGAGCAGCACCACACGUCCUAGGCAACAGAAGAUACUAGGAAAAGCUCAGAGAGGAGAGGAGAUCAUGGCGGCGCCGCCGGCGAUGAAGCUGCACGGGAUGGCCCUGUCGCAGAACGUGCUGCGGGUGGCCACGGUGCUGAACGAGAAGGGGAUCGACUUCGAGAUCGUCCAAGUCAGCCUCCUCACCGGCGCCCACAAGCACCCCGACUUCCUCGCCCUCAACCCUUUUGGGCAGAUCCCCGCGCUGCAGGACGGGGACGAGGUUCUUUACGAGUCCCGGGCCAUCAACAGGUACAUCGCCGAGAAGUACAGGACGUCGGGGACGGACCUUCUCCCGGCGGCGCCGUCGGCGAAGAUGGAGGUGUGGCUGGAGGUGGAGUCGAAGCACUUCUACCCGGCGGCCCAGCCCGUGGUGUACGAGCUCCUCAUCAAGCCCAUGCUGGGCCUGGCGCCCGACCAGGCCGUCGUGGACAAGCACAGCGCCGACCUGGCCAAGGUGCUGGACGUCUACGAAGCCCACCUGGGGAAGGACGGGAACAAGUACCUCGCCGGGGAGCAGUUCACGCUCGCCGACGCCAACCACAUGUGCUACCUGUUCUCGCUCUGCAAGACGGCCCAGGCGGGGCUCGUGGACUCCAGGCCGCGCGUGAAGGCCUGGUGGGAUGAGAUCUCGGCCCGGCCCGCCUGGGUCAAGACCGCCGCCGCCAUCCCCUUCCCGCCCGGCGGCCGCUUGGUUUGAUUUGGUUUGGGGCCGGUGACUGCUGCCGGCUUCUGUUGUGGGUUGAUCCGGUUGUUAUGAGCCUACGGGAAUGGAGUAAAAUCGCGAUGCUUCUUUUACCGUGAUUAUGGUAGUGAAUUUCUUAUACAAAUCCACGUCAAUUAAUUUGGGACGAAGGAAGUUGUACUGUCA